CUUCAGCAACAUUCAGCGCAGAGCCACACCAAAAAACUUUGAAAGAGGUUCUUUUGGAAGACUGUCAGCAAGAUGUCUAAGAUCACAGUCGCCGGAGUGCGCCAGAAUGUCGAGCAGCUGCUCAACUACUCUCAAAAUGAGAAGAAGCGUAACUUCCUCGAGACCGUCGAGCUCCAGAUCGGUCUGAAGAACUACGACCCCCAGCGUGACAAGCGUUUCUCUGGUACCAUCAAGCUCCCUACCGUGCCUCGCCCUGGCAUGACCAUCUGUGUUCUUGGUGACCAGCACGAUCUCGACCGUGCCAAGCACCACGGCAUUGAUGCCAUGUCCGCCGAUGACCUCAAGAAGCUGAACAAGAACAAGAAGCUCAUCAAGAAGCUUGCUCGCAAGUACGAUGCCUUCCUUGCUUCCGACGGUCUCAUCAAGCAGAUCCCCCGUCUCUUGGGUCCCGGUCUCUCCAAGGCUGGUAAAUUCCCUACCCCCGUCUCCCACAACGAGGACAUGGCCAACAAGGUCAACGACGUCAAGUCCACCAUUAAGUUCCAGCUCAAGAAGGUUCUUUGCCUUGGUGUUGCCGUUGGCAACGUCGGCAUGACCCAGGAGGAGCUUGUCGCCAACAUCAUGCUGGCCAUCAACUACCUCGUCUCUCUGCUCAAGAAGGGCUGGCAGAACGUUGGGUCCCUUGUCAUCAAGGCGACCAUGUCUCCUCCCCGCCGUGUCUACUAAGGGACUUAUCGUCUUUUCUUCUUAACUGGAGUAAAAGAAAUAAGAAAAUAAAACAUCCUAAAUCUCUGGGCCUCCGGUGUGGGAUUAUGGUACGCUUUAGGUAGCUGAAUAUAAUGCACCGGUUGUUCUAUC